GUAUGGCUUAGGCUGCGAUGCUGGGGGAGGCAGCUGCGUCCAGGGCAUCACGCAGCGAUUCCAGCAUCCCCAGGUUCGAACGGUGUCGGACAACCAAAGAGCUGACCUACCGGAGCACGUUUAUCUAACGGACGGCCAACUCGACGACCCCUUCGCCGGGCGCGUGUCAUCUGGGAACUACACUCAAGUUGUGAGGACCAAGGAGUUUAUCCCUGAUGGCGACCUCCUUCCACUGCCCCAUACGCGGACCCAGCUCUGCCACUAUGCUCUACGGCUGACGCAGCCAUUGAGCGCACAGAACUCUGCGGCCUGGAGUCGCUUCAAGCAGCUCGUGUCCUACGGCUUCGAGACCGAGUUCCACUUCAAGGUCUACCACCGCACCAAGGAGUGUUGGGUAGGCGAGUGGUGCGAGCCGGCGGGUGCCGAUGGCUUCGCCUUCGUCAUACAGAACGAAGGACGAAAGAUCGUCGGCAACGAUAUUUCUGGAAACGGCUACGGCUUCCGCUACAGUCUCGCCAUCGAGUUUGACAUGUUCCGGAACCCGGACUUGGGCGAGCUCACGUCAAACCACAUCAGUGUGCAGGUGCCUCCGCGUAAAGGCGAGCCCAACAGCGCCGACCAUUCCACUUCUUCCAUCGCCUACACGGACGACAUCCCGGUCCUCCAAGAGGGAACCCACGUUGUCCGCAUCGUCUACGAUGUGAGGGGCGUCCGAUGGGACAACUACGGCGAGCGCUUCGACACGGAUGCAGGGG